AUGCCGCAGUCGCCCGUAGAUGGGGGCGCGACGCCCACGUCGUCCUACGCGCUCUUGCGCCAGAGCACGGUCGACUCGCUGCCGCUCAUUGCGGACGACCCCACGCCGUGUGACAGUGUCUUGGGCAGCGGCGCGGUCGACGUCUACGUCGUCGGUCGAGCCGCUGGACUCGGACGACCUUCCGACGACCGCCGCCGCCCCCCCUCCGCCGCCCUGUACCGGUAUGUGUACCUCAACGCCCCGGCGCAGACGGCCCUGUUGGGCUAUUGUUCGAAUUUGGUCGUCACCAGUCGCUUUACCGUGUGGAACUUUCUGCCAAAGCUGCUGUUUUACGAGUUCAGCAAACUCGCAAACGCCUAUUUCCUCGUGAUUUCCAUCCUGCAGACGAUCCGCCCGAUCUCCAACACGGGCGGCUUCCCCGCGUCGCUCCCGGCGCUGUCGAUCAUUGUGCUCAUUGACAUGUUGUUUGCCUGCAUGGAGGACUACAAGCGCCACCAAGCGGACCGCGUGGCGAACAACCUGCCGUGUCGCCGCUUUGAACGCGCCUCGCGCGCGUUUGAAGCGGCCAAAUGGCAGCAGCUGCAAGUGGGGGACAUUGUCAAAGUCGCGAACCGCGAGCCCGUGCCGGCGGAUUUGGUGAUUUUGGGCGCCUGUGAACCCGAUGUUGACCAUCCAGUGGGCAUUUGCUAUGUCGAGACCAAGUCGCUGGACGGCGAGACGAACUUGAAGCUGCGGCAGGGACUCGAGGCCACGUACACUGUGUUGCUGAGUGAUGCUGCUGUGGGCGAGCUGAAGGGCACUGUUGUGUGCGAGAAGCCCAACAACUCGAUCCAUCGCUUUAGUGGGUCGCUGACGCUCGAGACGGGCAAGAAGGAGGUGAUUACGACCAAUGCUAUUGUCCUGCGGGGCUCGACGCUGCGCAAUACCGAAUACAUUUACGGCCUCGUGGUGAACACGGGCUCGGACACGAAGAUCAUGAUGGCGUCGUCGUCCGAGCCCAUGAAGUGGAGCAACAUGGAACGCCGGCUGAACAAGCAGAUCUUGUACAUUUGUGUCCUCAUGGUCGCCCUCUGCCUUGCAGGGGCCACGCUGUCGACGAUCUGGAACGCAAAGAACCUGGACGAGGACGCAAACGAAGGCGCGUGGUACUUGUACGACCGCAACUCGACGGCCGUGAAGUCCCCGGUCGGGACGUUCUUUAUCAUGGUGCUGUACUACUUUUUGCUGCUCAAUUCGUUCAUCCCCGUGUCGCUCUACGUGAGCAUGACGUCGGUCAAGUUUAUGCAGUCGUACUUUAUGAACAACGACCUCGAGAUGUACCACGAAGAGACGGACACCCCGUGCCAAGUACGCACCAUGUCGUUGAACGAAGAGCUUGGUCAGAUUGACUAUAUCUUUUCGGACAAGACGGGCACACUGACGUGCAACGUGAUGGAGUUUCGCAAGUGCUCGAUCAAUGGCGUGGCCUAUGGACUGGGUGAGACGGAGGUCGGCAUUGCAGCUAAGAAGCGGCAGCAGGAAGAAGUGCCACCCAUGUCGUCGUUUUACGCGGUGACUCCUGGUGGCGGCUGUGCGCCGCCCGCAAAGAAAGACCGCAUUGAUGCCAACACAAUGGACGUGAACAACGUUCCGUCAGAUCGCGUGGUGAAGGCGCCGUUUGUCAACUACCAAGACGAUGCACUGUUUGAUGCAUUGGCUCAAAAGAAAAGUGAGCAGGCAAAGUCGAUUGGAUCGUUCUUUGAGCACUUGGCUGUGUGCCACACGGUGAUGCCAGAAAAAGCUUCGGACAAUAGUUUGCGCUUGAGUGCUUCAUCACCAGACGAGCAAGCGCUGGUUGCUGCAGCCGCUUGCUUUGGCUACAAGUUUGUCGCACGUGCUCCUGGAAAAGCGAUGGUGGAGUACUUUUGCUGUGUGGAUCACCCCGAAGCUAUGGUAUGCAAUCAGCCGGUCGCUGACCAUUCCGUAGGGGCCUACAACAUCUUGGAAGUUCUUGAGUUCAACAGCACACGCAAACGCAUGUCGGUCAUUCUCAAAGGACCGACGGGGGACCUAAAGCUUCUGUGCAAGGGAGCGGAUACUGUCAUGUACGAGCGCCUGAGGCCAACGGACGACCCGGCUGUUAAACAGACACGCGACUUGACGCUUCAGCACAUGGAACAGUUUGCGUCAGAGGGGUUGCGAACACUGGUGAUCGGAUCGACUGACAUUGACCCCGAGUUCUUUGACUCGUGGGUCAUUCGGUAUCGCACAGCAAUCAACGACAUGCGUCAGAUUGAUCUGCGUCGCAAUGGCGAAGACAAUGACAUUGACCGACUCAUGGAAGAGAUUGAAGUGAAUCUCGAUAUUUUGGGUGCUACAGCGAUCGAGGAUCGACUCCAGGCGGAGGUUCCCGACACGAUUUUCAAGCUGCGGCAAGCAUCGAUCAAGAUCUGGAUGCUGACUGGCGACAAAGAGGAGACGGCGAUCAACAUUGGCUUUGCUUGCCGCUUGCUGGCUUCGGACAUUGAACGGGUCGUUAUCUCGGCCGACACGCACACUGACUUGGCCAGUAUCAUGGACGAGCUGAAAGAGUUUGUUCGAGGGGAGGAGGACAAGGAGGAGACAUGUGCGUCAUCGCCUGCUGGACCACUGGGUGCUUGUCAGUCGUUUUCCGAGCAACAGCGCAGCCCCGUUUCGCUCCGCAACCAGCACAAAAGGCUCACGCGCAUCGAGAGUAUGGCCGAGCGACCUCAGCAAGACUUGGCUCUGGUGAUUGAUGGCGAAACACUCGAGCUGGCGCUGGAAGGGUGCCCUGCGCUGUUUCUGAAGGUCGCGGAGAAGUGCGUGGCUGUGAUUGCUUGCCGCGUCUCGCCUGCGCAGAAGGCCCAGCUCGUGCGGUUGGUUCGUGAAAACAAUCCGGGAAUGCGAACGCUGGCUAUCGGUGACGGUGCCAAUGACGUCUCGAUGAUUCAAGCAGCGCACGUCGGUGUUGGCAUUUCGGGUCAGGAGGGCAUGCAGGCAGCCAACUCGUCCGACUAUGCCAUUGCUCAGUUCCGGUUCCUGGCACGCCUGCUGCUUGUUCACGGACGCUGGAACUACGUGCGCAUGGGCAAGUUGAUCUUGUACAUCUUCUACAAGAACGUGAUACUGAACUUGACCCAGUUCUGGUACAUGAUUUACACGGGCUACUCGGGGCAAAAGUUUUUCCUCGAGUGGGGACUCCAGGGAUACAAUCUCCUGUUUACAGCGUUGCCCAUCAUCUUGGUGAGCACGUUCGAGCAAGACGUGCCGGCGUGCCUCGCUGUGAAUUACCCGCUGCUCUAUCGCAUUGGCCAAGAAAACACGCGGUUCAAUACCAAAGUCGUGUGGGGCUGGAUCACGUCGUGUGUGUGGGAGUCGCUCAUCAUCUGCUUUGGCGUUGUCCACGGCAUGCGGUACUUGGUGACGAGGGGCGACACGCCAACGAUGUGGGUGUAUGGAAGCACUGCGUUCACGAUCGUGUUGAUUGUAGUGACGCUCAAGUUGUGUCUGCACCAGCAGAUGUGGUGGCCCAUCCACAUUGCCAUUUACGUUAUGUCGUUCAUGCUCUGGAUCGGCACGGCGGCGUUUAUCUCGUACGGCGAGUCGGUGAGCUCGUCGUACUGGAAUGGCGUGUUUGUCAACACGUUCCGCGUUGACGCGUUUUGGCUCGUGGUCCCGCUGCUCGUGGUUGCUGCCUUGUCGCGCGACUUUAUGUGGAAGGGCUACAUGCGAAUGUUCAAGCCCUCGUACAAGCACUUGGCCCAGGAGGUGAACGCGUACGGUCUGACACACAUCGCUGACCAGUUGCUCACGUUCCCGCCAGCAGAAAAGAUCCCAGAGGACGCCAUGGGUGGCGAGGCUGGCCGCGUUGCGGCUGGAUCGCUAUUGACUGCGAGCAUGCGGGACGUGACUGUAACAAAGCCGGUUGCUCCUGCUGUGCCGCUGGCCCCGCGUCCACUCAUCAGUCGGAUCGGAAGCCGCCGCUCCGUGUCAAGAGGCAGUGCUUUCAGCUACGACGCAGAGAGUGUCAUGGUCGAGUCGUACAUGUCCACGGACAGGUUUGCUCGGGACACGAGCAAGACGAGUUUGGUCUUUGAUCGCCACGCAAGUCGCGGCUCGUUGGCUUUCCAGCGCCUUCCACUGGACUUGGACGAAGACCACCAAACAGCAGAAGGUGCUUGUCUGCUGCCUGCGUGCUCGGAUCAUGCAGCCACGACCGACGCGUCUCCCUCCCAUCGACAGUCGGCUGGCAACAUUUUUCGUGGCGCACGCCAUGGCCAAGGUCAUGGACGAUUCUCCUCCGCGUCUUCCAUCUCACGUCCUCUGGAUGCGAACACUGCUGCUGGUGCUGCUGGUCAAGGGACACACGGUCAGCUUCCAACGGACCGGUUGACAGGCGUGCGGGAAAACGCGACGAUCCACGACUUUGGCACGAGUAGUUUCCACCGUCCGUCCACCACUCGACGCAUGCGGGGCUUUGCUAACCGGGCCAUGUCCAGCGACGAUGCCAGCAGUAUCAGUCGCGGCCACAGCACCACUUCGCUGUGCUCGCCUCGCAGUCGUCGACAAAAGGGACGCAGUGCCGUGUCACGCGAGUAA